UGUCAGCUCUAAACAGCCAGUUCAUCAGAUCAGAGGAAGUUAACAACCACAGGAGGGGCUGAUGAUGUUUUAAGAUAGAGCUGUAUGAGAGGAAAUGGCUGAUCAGUGUCACAUGUGUCUGCUGGGACUGAUCAUUCUCUGUCCACUUCUGACAGGUACCAGUGGAGCAGAAGUAACUCAUGUGUUCAGCACUUCUGGUGAAAAUGUCCAUCUGCCCUGUAAUAAUGCUCUUUCUGACUGUACAUCAACUACAUGGAACUAUAACAGACAUUCAGAGACAGUUGAACUGAUUACUGGAGGGAUAAAGAGGAAUGACAGAGAGAGACGUGAGAGACUGAGUCUGGGGUCUGACUGCUUUCUGAACAUCAAGAAAGUCACACAAGAAGAUUAUGGGCUUUACACCUGCCGACAACUUGUGAAUGGACAAAAACAAGGAACUGAUGCACCUGUUUAUCUGCAUUUUCUUCAUGUCUCUUCAUCAUCCUCACAGACUGAGAUCAGACCAGGCAGCUCUGUGACUCUCUACUGUCAGUUGUAUUCAUAUGAUAGAUACCCUUGUGAUAGUUUGGUCCGUUCUGAUGGAAUUCAGCUGUUCUGGGUGAAUCAGGCUGGUGUGAAUCUGGCGACAGACUCCAGAUAUCAGAUAUCAUUCUCCUCGACACGCUGUAUCAUCACUCUGACUACAACACUCCUGAAUGAAGAUCUCAACAGAGAGUGGAGAUGUCUGGUUACUCAAAGAAAUCAACUGAAGACCUCAGCUACAUUUACUGUCAAGUAUUCAGCUCCAGUCGAUUCAACAACAACUGAUUCCAGUCACCAGCUCAAACUCUGAGAAGAAAUCAAGCCGAACUACAGCAGCAGCUCCGACACAAGAUAACCGGAUCAUUACCUCAAACUCUGGUGUGACUUCAGCUGCACACAGAUCUUCAGUUACACAGCAAGUUAGUAUUUUUGAAUUUACACAACAUGGCACAUCUGUAGCAUCAACUACAGAGAAAACACAGAUUCCAACUACUGCACCAAAGUUUGAAGUCUCUAUGGAUGCUGGAUCAUUAUUCAGAG